AAAAUGAAAGGUGUUUCAGCAGGAAAAAGAAAAAGACGUUCCAAACCGAAAACAAAACCAACAAAAUUUAAAAAACAACAAAAAAGAGAACAAAAUAAGGAAAUAAAAACAGAAAAGAAACAAAAUCCUUUCGAUUUGGCUUUCAAUAAAAAACAUGGGGGUAAUUCUAAAGUUAAACAAUCAAAUGGAUUUUUGGGAAAGUCAAAGAUUUUGGAUCGGAGAAUUGGACAGCGUAAUUCUCAACUUUCCGAAGAAAAUAAAGGAGAAAAACGUUUUAUUUUUCAACAAAAAAAGUUGGCCGAACAAAAGGAUGCCGAAAUUGGAGGUUUUUUUAAAAGAGUUUUGUUCAGUUAA